GAUCCGCUGGUGCGUGUGGUGUGUGUUUCUGUCUCUGUCUUUGUCGGUUCGUUUCCUCAUUUCGCCUCUGCUCACCCAAACGCUCACACUCUCAUCUUCUUCUUCUUCUUCUUCCUCUCCGCUCGCUCCCAUUGCUGACUAUUCGUUCCUCUCGCUUUCUCUCUGACCUUUGAUCACUUACUUCGCUAUCUGUUUGCUUGAUCUCUUGCUUGUAGCUGCAAAUUUGUUAGAUCUCUGCUUUUGUUUCCCUAUCUAUUUCGUGCAAUCAUUAGAGCUUUACUGUGUACCCACUUCAAGUUUAGCUUAUUCUGCUUUUAGUAUAUAGCCCAAUCACCAUCUCUUGCUGACUGCCCACUUCAGCUUACCAGCUUUUCUCAUCUGGGUUUCUUUUAGAUCUCCAGUAUAGUUGAUUAAAAUGCUGGAUCAAAGCGAAAAGGGAUCAGAGCCUGAGGAUAUGAGUAGCAAAUCAACUGAAGGAGGAGAAAAUCAGCAAAAGAAAACCUGCACCGAUUGCGGAACAACAAAGACUCCACUCUGGAGAGGUGGCCCAGCUGGCCCUAAGUCGCUGUGCAACGCAUGUGGAAUUAGAAGCAGGAAGAAGAAAAGGGACAAUUUGGGUUUGAACAGAGCAGCAAAUGAGAAGAAAUCAAAGAAAGGGAACAAUCAUAAUAGUUCAAGUAACAACAGUAGUAGAAUAGGCGAUGGGUUAAAGCAGAGGCUGUUGGCUCUGGGUAGAGAGGUAUUGAUGCAGAGAUCAACAGUGGAGAAGCAGAGAAGAAAGCUAGGAGAAGAAGAACAAGCUGCUGUGCUAUUAAUGGCUCUGUCUUAUGGCUCAGUGUAUGCUUAGAAUUUUAGGGAGGAAAAGUAAUGGAAUCAAGAAAUUCUUGUAUUAGAUUAGCUGACCCAAUUAAUUGAAAAUGUAUCUUGUGAUUUUUUUUUUUUAAAUUUGGGUUUAAUUACCUAUUAUUAUCAUUAUUAUUAGUUUUUGAAGCUCUUUUGGCUAACUGUAUUUGGAAUGAAUUCAAGAAAUGCAACAACUAGAUAUUGCCAUUCUAUUCUUAUC